AUGGACCAUAUGCUUUCGUCUAUCAAGUCUUUCCAUGAGUUACCAGAUACCACUAGGAUGCAAUAUUAUAGCAGGGACACCUCUCAUGGUGUAGCCUACUAUACUAACUUUGAUUUGUACAAGUGCAAGGAAGCUAAUUGGAGGGACUCACUCAAGGUCCACUUGGGUCCCACACCACCAGAACCAGAGUACGUUCCGGAGGUAUGCAAGGAAGCACUGGCAGAGUGGGGCGGAGAGGUGGUGAAGGUGGGGGAGGAGUUGAUGGGGAAGCUGUGUGAGGGAUUGGGGGUGGAGAGAGAACGGUCGAAGAAAAUGUCAUUUUUUGAUACGAGGUAUAUGUCUGGACAUUACUAUCCGUAUUGUCCCCAGCCGGAGUUGACGGUGGGUCUCAAGUGGCAUACGGAUCCUGUGGUCUUGACGGUGUUGUUGCUGAAUGAGGUUGUUGGGUUGCAAGUGAAACAUGGUGAAGAUUGGAUUGAUGUGGAGCCCAUCCCUGGUGGUCUCAUUGUCAACAUUGGUGACAUUCUUCAGAUGAUAUCCAAUGACGAAUAUAAAAAUGUGGAACAUCGAGUGUUGGCGAACCCCUCUCGCGAGCCACGAGUCUCAAUUCCAGUUUUCUUCACUUCAAGUAUGACAGAGAACCUGUACGGACCAUUACCAGAACUAGCAUUCUCUGAGAAGCCGGCGGCUAUCGUCAAUUCACUCUCUCAAAUUUUAUGGAAAAAUACUACUCGGAGGAAUUGCAUGACAAGUCUGUAA